UCGUCAGUGCGGAAGCAAACAGAGGAUCAGUGUGAGCUGUCAGGCAGAGAAGAGGAGGAAGAGGAGGAGGGAGCAGUGAAGAUGAAGUUAUUAUAACUGUGUGUGUAGGAGAAGAUGGACUUUAACACUGUGCUGGUGACUGGAGGCUCCGGAUUCAUCGGCUCCCAUCUUGUGUGUUCACUGGUCAACAGACACCCUGACUGGAGAAUUAUUAACCUGGAUGAUUUGGAUUACUGCUGCAGCCCCAGGAGUCUGGAAAGCAUUGAAGACAGAGCAAACUACACCUUCAUCAGAGGAGAUGUGUGUAACUCGAGGCUGGUCGACCACAUUUUCAACACGGAGAACAUCGAUGUAGUUUUCCACCUGGCGGCCAAAACACAUGUCGAGUCGUCGUUUGAAUCUCCUUCCACUUUCCAGCGGGUGAACGUCGAUGGCACCAGGGUUUUACUGGCAGCUGCACAUCAGGCCAGACACCGGCCUCAGCGCUUCAUCUACGUCAGCACCGAUGAGGUGUACGGAGCUGGGCUGGACGAGGUGUUUGAUGAGAGCAGCCCGGUGAGGCCGUCCAACCCGUACUCUGUGACGAAAGCAUCCGCAGAGUUCCUGGUCAGAUCCUACUGGGAUAAAUACAAGUUUCCCAUCAUCAUCACCAGGAGCAACAACAUCUACGGGCCCCGGCAGUUCACUGAGAAGGUCAUCCCGAGGUUUCUCACCCUGUUGCGAAUGAACAAGAAAUGCACCAUCCAGGGGACGCUCCCUAAAUCUCGCCAUUUCCUGUUCAUCGAGGACGCCGUCAGUGCCUUCCUGCUGCUCCUGGAGAAAGGGACUGUGGGCGAAAUCUACAACAUGGGGACAAGCUGCGAGAUUCCCAUCAUGCAACUGGCCCGGCAGCUUAUUAGGAUGGUGAAGAAUGUUCCGGACUCGGAGGUGAACGAUUGGAUCGACUUUGUACCGGACAGGCCGCAGGUCGACCUGCGCUAUCCAAUCACAAGUGAGAAGCUGCAGCAGCUGGGCUGGAAGGCCGAGGUGUCCUGGACUGAGGGCAUCAGGCAAACUGUGAAAUGGUACCAGGACCACCCAGAUUUCUGGUCAGAUGCCGGCGGGGACCGAAGACAGAUCAGAGGCAACCUGGAGCUUUGACCGACGGGUCGAAGACUGAACGGAGUCACCAGGCAGAAAUGACAUUUUUUAAAUUUCACACAUUUGUGUGGCAUAAAUUGCGUUAUGGCUGAUUUACAGCUCAAAUUACUGCUGCUUCAUUAACCUCAGUAUUAUGUCUGAAUGAUCAUUGGACCAACUGAGGUGCAGAGCCUCUUUUUAACCAAAGCUUCAACUGGAAAUGGAUGCACUUUAUCUCUUAAUUAGAUUCAGCUGAUGUUGUCUAGCAGACCUGAAUGUAUGUAGAAAGCAGCAUAGUUUGUUUUGGUGUUUCCCUGAGGGCGAAUACACAAACUGGUCAAACUGGACUGAGGAACCACGUCAUCUCUCGCUGUCACGUCUCAAACUGCAGCUUAACAUUUGUGUCUGACCUUGGAUUUAUUUUGACACCGUUUGAAGGAUUUUCAGGAACUUUCAACAAAUCUUUCAAACUUUAUUUUUUAAAUCCUGUGUACAUUUCAAUUCAGCAGGUAGCUUGAUAAUCCAGUGACCAAAUGUUGUAGUGCAGCACAAAGAGGGAAGACAUUAGGUCAUUUGUGUUUAAAAAAACGGUGCCAUCUUGCACAUUUGGAGCGAGUCUGAAGGAGCGAUCGUGGUGUGGGGACAACUUAACAUUUCAAACCGUAAUAGUAUUUUGUAUAAAGAAUUGUUAUAACCGCAGCCUCAUAAUAAAAAGGUUGAGCUAAUCUAAAGUCCUUUAUCUCAGUCAGGUGUUUUGUUCCUGACAUUUUUUCACAUGAUGCUGAUUAUUUUUAACCAGAAAAAUAAACUUGAUAUUUUCUAA